AUGCAGAACAUAAUUGACAGGACUUCACAAGACACUGGUGUGAAUGCCCAGUCAUCUGCACAUCCCUCUUCUUGGAUGGUUUUGCAACCGCAUCACGGGCUUCCAGAAGCCCUCGGAGGCCCUGACCCUGUUACCGUCCCUGAUUCAACUCUAUCGGAAAGCAUCCCAGUUUCGCACUCUCCGCGCAGCAGAGAAUUUUUCUUUUGCGUCGCUCAUCGUAUCGUGGCUAUGGCGUGUGCUGCAGCAGCCUCCGGCGUCGCGGCCUCUUCGGUCGUGAUCCCCCGCGCUCCGUCUGCGGCCUGCUCGUCCUCUGCCUCCGGCACGUCCACCUCGUUGGCCGUGCCCAAGUCAUUCUGCGGCCUGGGCAAGAGUUUCGGUGCUCGUGUCGCCACUGCCAAUGUGGCCGUCGCCAAGGCUGGUGCGGUAGCUGGAGCGAAGGCCGCAUCGCAGAAGAGGGGCGUCGCUAGGGCUUCGGCCGAGGACGACUACGCGCCACUUGUCGGCAAUGUGGCACCCGACUUCGAGGCGGAGGCUGUCUUUGACCAGGAAUUCAUCAAGAUUAAGCUGUCGGAGUACAUUGGAAAGAAGUACGUCGUGCUAUUCUUCUACCCACUGGACUUCACAUUUGUGUGCCCAACAGAGAUCACUGCGUUCAGUGACAGGUACAGCGAAUUCGAGAAGCUGGAUACCGAGGUCAUCGGUGUUUCCAUCGACAGCGUGUUCUCCCAUCUCGCAUGGGUGCAGACAGACAGGAAGUCGGGAGGUCUCGGCGAGCUGAGCUAUCCGAUCGUUUCGGACAUCACCAAGAAGAUCUCCAAGUCAUUCGGCGUGUUGAUUCCGGACCAGGGCAUUGCUCUGAGGGGCCUGUUUAUCAUCGACAAGCAGGGAGUGAUCCAGCACGCAACCAUCAACAACCUCGGCAUUGGGCGAAGCGUUGACGAGACUCUGCGGACCUUGCAGGCCGUACAGUACGUGCAAGACAACCCAGACGAGGUGUGCCCUGCUGGGUGGAAGCCCGGGGAAAAGACCAUGAAGCCCGACUCGAAGCUGAGCAAGGAGUACUUCGAGGCCAUCUAAGCGAGUGGUCUGGCAGGUGCUGCUCGGCGGCCAUUUUGUGGAGGGUGGUGCGCUGGAGUAGGCAUGUAGUGGGGAGGUAGACAAUUUUGUGCCGAUUGGGGCCCAGUUGGAUGCACUUAGAGAAGCGUUUCAUGUGGACCUGUAGUGUGAGUGGGUCUCGAUCAGCACGGUUGAGGCAAACUGUAUAAUGCAAUGGUGCUACGAGCACAAGAAUUCAAAGUCGCUGCCUUCGGUGAUGA